AUUCACAGCGGGGAGAAACUGUACACGUGUUCUUUGUGUGGACGAGGCUUCAACUGAUCAUCAAACUUGGAGAGACACAGGGACAGCUGCACCAUGGAGAAACCAUGGAAAUGUAAGGACUGUGAGAAAGGAUUCAAUUGUCCUUCCAAACUGGAAAUCCAUCGACGCAGUCACACUGGGGAAAGGCCGUUCACCUGCUCCAAGUGUGGGAAGGGAUUCACUCAGUUAUCCUCCAUGCUGACACACCAGCGAGUUCACACUGGAGAGAGACCAUUCACCUGCUCCGAGUGUGGGAAAGGAUUCAAGUGGUUAUCCCACCUGCUGACACACCAGCAAGUUCACACUGGAGAGAGACCAUUCACCUGCUCUGAGUGUGGGAAGGGAUUCACUCAGUCAUCAAACCUGUUGACACACCAGCGAGUUCACACUGGGGAAAGACCAUUCACCUGCUCCCAGUGUAGGAAGGGAUUCACUCAGUUUUCCGCCCUGCUGAGACACCAGCGAGUUCACACUGAAGAUAGACCAUUCACCUGCAUGGUAUGUGGAAAAGGAUUCACUGGGUCCUCUGACCUGCUGAAGCACCAGCGAAUUCACACUGAGGAGAGGCCAUUCAGUUGUACUUCCUGUAGAAAGAGAUUCAGGACUUCAUUCAACCUCAAAGUACACCAGCGAGUUCACACUGGGGAGAGGCCUUUCACCUGCUCCGAGUGUGGGAAGGGAUUCACUAAGUCAUCAAACCUACUGACACACCAGCGAGUUCACUCUGGGGAGAGACCGUUCACCUGCUCCGAGUGUGGGAAGGGAUUCACUCACUCAUCCAACCUGCUGAAACACCAGCGAGUUCACACUGGGGAGAGACCGUUCACCUGCUCCGAGUGUGGGAAGGGAUUCACUCAGUCAUCCAACCUGCUGAAACACCAGCGAAUUCACACAAGGAGAGGCCGUUCAGCUGCACUUCCUGUGGAAAAGGGAUUCAGCCUUAAUUCCACCUCAGUGUACACCAGUGAAUUCACAUUGGAGAGAGACCAUCCACCUGCUCCGAGUGUGGAAAGGGAUUCACUCAUUUAUCCAACCUGUUGAGACACCAGCGAGUUCACACUGGAGAGAGGCUGUUCACCUUCUCCGAAUGUGGGAAGGGAUUCACUUGGU